AUUCAAUUUAAAGGCCACAAUGGGAGGUAGAAUACAUGGGUUUUUAGGUGGUGUCUUAUUGACUUCUGCUUUCACCUAUUAUACUGGACAAUAUUUUCAAAAAAAUCAACAAGUUAUAUCUCACCAUUUGAAAACUUCCAAUAACAUUAUCAAUAAUAGAAUUUUGUCUGACAAAGAUAUUUCCACAGAGAUUGUGCCGGUAGACAGUCGUAUAAACUAUACAUCUCGUCCUAACAUUGCCGAAACAUCAAAAGAUAUUUGGAACGAUGAGAUCAUCAAGAUGGUUAACUGGAUAUAUAGUAUCAAUUGGUACCAAUGGAUGAUUGAUGCCGAUAAAACUGUCCACAAUUUAAAGGAUAAGGUUUCUACAGCAGAAAAGAAAUAGACGUCUUUAUGUAAUUUAAUAUAAUGAAUUAUUCG